CAGGGGCUGGUUGUUAAAUUAUUAAAGCAUCUAGCAUACACCCAAGGACUAGCAUCGAGGAGCUGAGCAGAGAGGCAGCAGGACUUUUAUCAGGUUCACAGGAAGUGAAGAGCUACUAUCAUGGCGGGGAAGCCCAAGCUUCACUAUUUCGACGCCCGAGGCAGGAUGGAGGCCAUCCGGUGGCUCCUGGCUGCAGCUGGAGUGGAGUUUGAAGAGAAACUUUUAGAAAGUUCAGAAGAUUUGGAUAAGUUAAGACAUGAUGGGAGUUUACUGUUCCAGCAAGUACCAAUGGUUGAAAUUGAUGGGAUGAAGCUGGUACAGACCAGAGCCAUUCUCAACUACAUUGCCACCAAAUAUGAUCUCUAUGGGAAAGACAUGAAGGAGAGAGCCCUGAUUGAUAUGUACACAGAGGGUGUGGCAGACUUGGGUGAAAUGAUCCUGCUUUUGCCCCUGUGCCCACCUGAUCAAAAAAAUGCCAAGUUGACCCUGAUCCGAGAAAGGACAACAAACCGUUAUCUCCCUGCAUUUGAAAAAGUGCUGAAGAGCCACAGACAAGACUACCUGGUGGGCAACAAGCUGAGCAAGGCUGACAUCCACCUGGUUGAACUGCUCUACUAUGUGGAAGAGCUGGACCCCAGCCUUCUGGCCAACUUCCCUCUGCUGAAGGGCCUGAAAACCAGAGUCAGCAAUCUCCCGGCCGUGAAGAAGUUUCUGCAGCCUGGCAGCCAGAGGAAGCCUCCAGGGAGAGACUCCCGCUGCCUGCGGGGUGCCCUCCUUCCUUCCCUCCUCACCCCGAGUGCCAGUCCCACCACACAAGACGUGGGGGGGUGGCCUCCUUCCUGCCUGGGCACCUGUGCGCCCUCCCAGGCCAGCUCCACCCCGGUGGCCACAGUGAGCUAUGUGCUCCCUGGGGAGAGCUGGACGCACCUCUUUGCUUCCCUCAGAGCCCCACAAACCUCCAGUAACCCUGAAGGCCACUGGCCUCCCUCAGCAUCUGUGAGUUCCUGA